AAAAAUGGCAACAGUCUCCCUUUCCAUUUCCAUACCGAUGGUAGCAUGGGCUAUCUGGAUCCUAUUAUGCGGAAAGUGUUUGGAUAAUGCACUUCAUCAGCUUGUUGUUGCUGCAUUUGGAUCAUCUGCCCUUCAACUUAAACAAGCCAAGGCUUUGCAGGAGACUGAGUGGUGGCCGUCCACUACUACCCAAGCAAGUAGUAAUUGUUCAAGUGCUUGCCAUUGGGAUGGUAUUACUUGCAAUGUUGGUGGAAGCGUCACAACCAUCCAAAGAUCUCAUCAUGGUUUGGGAGGUCAGUUGAAACUCAACUUCUCUUUAUUCCCAAGCUUAGACAGGCUUGAUCUUAAUGGGAACAACCUUACGGGGCUCAUCCCACUUGAGAUAGGGAUGUUGAAAAAUCUAACCCAUUUAGACCUUUCUUCGAACAUGCUCGUCGGUCCAAUCCCUUCCACACUUGGCAAUUUAACUAAUUUGAAAUAUUUAGAACUUAGUCAGAAUAAAAUCAAUGGAUCCAUUCCCUCCGAAAUAGGGAUGCUAAAAAAUCUGACUUAUGCAUAUCUUCAUGUGAACAUGCUCGUUGGUCCAAUCCCUACUAGUUUGGUUCAUUUAACUAAUUUAAAAUGUUUACAUCUCAGUUUAAAUCAAAUCAAUGGAUCCAUUCCCUCCGAAAUAGGGAGUCUAAAAAAUCUGACCACUUUAUACCUUUCUUUGAACAUGCUCAUCGGUCCAAUCCCAACCACCCUAGGUCAUUUAACUAAUUUGAAAUAUUUGACCCUUCGUUAUAACAAAAUCAAUGGAUCCAUUCCCUCCGAAAUAGGGAUGCUUAAAAUUUUGAACUUCCUUAACCUUAGCCAUAACUUUAUUAGUGGAGAAAUACCUAGCGCACUUGGGACUAUUGCCCCUCUAUGGAUUUUGGAUCUUAGCUACAAUAAUCUUACGGGAAACAUUCCCUCUUUUCUCAUUGGUAUACAAAGACUUAACUUAUCACAUAAUUCUUUGGAGGGCCAAAUUCCAGACGGUUAUGCUCUGUAUCAUACCUCCAACACAUUAAAUGGCAAUAAGGAUUUAUGCGGUCAGUUCAAGAUUUUCCCACCAUGUCCAAAAAGUAAAAAAUCAAUCGUAACCAAAAUAGAAACUUUUGCACCAAUCACCAUUUUCCUCGGAUUCCUAGUCAUUGGGGGGGGGGGUAUUCUCUUGUCCCGUUGUAUGUUCAAGAAAAAUCAGAUUGAGUCUAGGGGAUUAAAGAAUGGAAACAUAUUCUCGAUAUGGAAUUAUGACGGACAUAUUGCAUAUGAAGACAUUAUUGAAGCAACUGAGGAUUUUGAUAUCAAAUAUUGCAUUGGAACUGGUGGUUAUGGUAGCGUUUACAGAGCAGAAUUACCAAGCAGAAAUGUGGUUGCCUUAAAGAAACUUCAUCAGAGAGAGGCUGAGAAUCCAGUUUUCUAUAAGAGUUUUAUAAAUGAGGUUACGGUGUUAACAGAUAUUCGACAUCGAAAUAUUGUGAAGCUGCAUGGGUUCUGUGUACAUAAAGGAUGCAGAUUUUUAAUUUAUGAGUACAUGGAAAGGGGAAGCCUAUUUUGUGUCCUAAGAAAUGUUGAUGAAGCUAUGGAAUUGGAUUGGAGCAAGAGGGUAAACAUCAUCAAAGGCAUAGCACACGCCUUAUCUUACAUGCAUCAUGAUUGCAUCCCAGCAAUUGUUCAUAGGGAUUUAUCAUCCAACAACAUUUUGCUGAACUCCGAAUUCCAAGGUUUUAUAUCUGACUUUGGAGCUGCUAAACUCCUUGAUCCUGACUCCUCCAAUCAGACAUUGGUUGUUGGCACAUAUGGUUAUAUUGCUCCAGAGUUUGCCUACACGAUGACAGUUACUGAAAAAUGCGAUGUAUAUAGCUUUGGAGUGGUGGCAAUAGAAGUAUUAAUGGGAAGGCAUCCGGGAGAACUCUUGUCCUCAUUAUCAUCAUCAUCAUCAUCAUCUCAAAAUAUAAUGUUGAAUGAAAUAUUAGACCAACGUCUGCCACCUCCAAAUCGUCUAAUUGGACAAGAGAUUUUGCUUGUUGCUACAAUAGCAUUUGCAUGUCUGCACACUCAGCCAAAGUCUCGGCCUACAAUGAAAUGUGUGUCACAAGAAUUUCUCUCUCGCAGGAAGCCGAAUGACAUACCCUUGACUACGGUUUCACUCUCGCAACUGAGGAAACAAGCAUCACAUAUGGCAGGGUCAGGAUUUGCUUAUUGUUAGGGGGUUUGGUGUGCUGUCAAUGUGUUGUUUACAUUUCUCAGUCUUUUUUUAAGAAAAACAUUAUUUAUUAGCAUUCCAAAUCACCCCAUAAACUUGAAUUACUCACUUUUCAAGGUUGGAAGCCGCUGAAACAGAAUGGGGCCAGUGUGUUUGUAUGAGAUAAGUGCGUAAAUAGAAAGUAGAUGUGAAUUAAGUAAAAUCUGAUAGAGAAUUUCAGCAGAUUCGUCAUUUCUUC